ACGUUGGUGAUAGCAUUUCCAUGUACUCGCGCAAAAGCCAUGGAAAAGCUUCACCCAGAAGAGGCAUGAGCCGGGUCUGUCACUGGGACUGCUGCAUAAGCCGCACGCGGAGAGUGAGAUUUGGGGAGAGAAAGCGAAACUAUCUAUAGGGGGGGAGAGAGAGAGAUGGAAAUGGGGGCUAUUGCUGUGACGAGCUUUGGGCCUCCCGUCGCCCCCUUGACCCGCAAGCACUUGUCGCCGUCUCGGUCUCUCCUCAACAAGCCCCGGCCGCUCUCGCUUCCUUCAGCCUGGAGGCGAGUUUGGUUCGCCGGCGGCGAUAUUGGUGCUCCACGCGCGACCUACCGGUUCCGCAGCGGCUCCGUGGCUCUCGUUGGCGGCGAGUUUGUGCGUGACGCCGGCGCAACGGCGGUUGUAAUGGCCGGCGCAUACACGCUCGUCUCCGCUUUCGAAUCUCUCACCCGCCGCAAUUUCAUAGAACAGAGUUUGAGCAGAAAACUGGUUCAUAUAUUAUCUGGGUUGCUUUUCAUGGUUUGCUGGCCUAUAUUCAGCACCUCACCAGAGGCUCGCUACUUUGCUUCAGUGGUUCCUCUUGCAAAUUGCUUAAGACUUCUCAUUUAUGGCCUCUCCCUUGCUACCAGUGAAGGACUAAUAAUUUCUGUUACCCGAGAGGGAAAACCUGAAGAGUUGCUUAGAGGUCCUUUAUACUAUGUUCUCAUCUUGAUUUUGUGCGUCCUAGUCUUUUGGCGCGAGUCACCAAUUGGAGUGAUCUCACUUGCAAUGAUGUGUGGAGGGGAUGGCAUUGCUGAUAUCAUAGGAAGAAGGUUUGGGUCCGAAAAACUCCCAUAUAACAAAAAUAAGAGUUGGGCUGGUAGCAUCUCCAUGUUUAUAUUUGGUUUCUUGAUUUCACUCGGGAUGCUCUACUACUUUUCACUCCUUGGGUUCUUCCAGCUGGAUUGGGCUUGGACUGUGGAAAGAGUGGCUCUAGUUUCCUUCGUUGCAACUGUUGUGGAGUCCCUCCCAACUGCAGGGUUAGUUGACGACAACAUCUCUGUUCCAUUGGCAAGCAUGGUAGCAGCUUAUCUGUGUUUUCCCAUUUAGCUCAUCAACUUCAAGUCCUCUAGUGGUCUUUACUUGGUCAUUCCUGCCAUUGUUGUAAAACUAGAAUAAAAAUAGUAUGGAUGGAUUGUAGAUAUGUUUAGAUCUCUCAAAACCAUUCAAGCUAUCGUCUUCGUUCAUUUCUUUUUAUCCAUUUAAGUCCUAUAUAUGUAGGCGUUGGGCAAUGGCGAAGGCAGAAGGGACAGGGUAUUUUGUACAAAGGGGACUUAAGUGAGCAUUUCCCUUAUUACUUGUGAAUAAUGACGGGGAAAACGAAGGUGGGGCACUGAUAAACUUAGAGUUAUAA